GCAUUUGAAAGCGCUAUGAUAUAUUAAGUCGUUUUAAAGCAUAACAAGUCAUUAGGUAGCUUGCAAUGCUUUCGCGCUCACUAUUGGUUUCCUCAGCUCCGCCUGCACGAACCGGUGCCGCAACACCCCUUUUGCAGCACGGCAGACUCCUCGUGGUGCCUCGGGCCCGGCCUCCCUCCCGCUCAAGCUCUCCCCGUAACGGGUCCUGGCGCACCAACUGGCGUGCUGAGCUCGACAGCGAGACCAGCAGCAACAGCAACGGUAUCCACACACAUGUAGAUGCGGACUAUCGCACGCUGUACGACAGCCGUACAGCCGCUGCCACAAUCGAAGAGGAGUUUCCCAGCUAUCCCGAUCGGCACCAGCAGCAGUAUCAACAUGACCAACCCGAGGACGGGGAGUCGUACUACUGGGACAGCGAGGGCGCCCUUCGACCCGACCAGGGCAGCAACACCCAAGCUGCGGAUAACGGCGGAGGCGCAGAAGACAUGACAUCGGAAACUGCAACCGACGGCACCGGCCUCUUCACCGACGCGUUUAAGGAGGCCCUGAAGGCGGCUCUGGAGCGCAGUCCCCUGUACGGCAAUGCAUUCGGCGGGGAGGGUUCCGGAGGCGAGGAAGACGAGGAGCCGCAGCCGUACGAAAACGAGCUCGGAGCGAUAGACCGGCCCAUCUUCACGGACCAGUUCCGAGCCGCGCUGAAGGAGUCGCUGGAGCGGCAGCAAGCUGAGGCGGACCUGGCUAGUGGGUACGGCUCAGAUGAUGACUACACGCCGGUGCCGUACGUACCGCAGGCGCCUGCACGCAGGGAGAUGUCGCCUCUAGAGGAGGUCAUAGCCACAGCGCUGGGUGCAUCGCAGCUGCACCUGCGGCGACUUAACCUCAUGAAGAACGAGAUAGAGGCGGCCAUCGAGCGGGAGACAAAGCAGGUGGAGCGGCUUGCGUUUGCACUCAAGAAGGCCGAGUCUGAUGUGGCGUACUACAAGACUCUAGAGCGGAUGAAUGAGGAAAGGAAGCAUUAGCGUGGUUUUGGUUGGAGGGGUGGGACUGGCUGGCCGUUAAGUACCUACCUGCCGUACGCCUUGGCUGACUGUGCUUUAGUUAUGCACGGGGUGCUGUAGUUAUUAUAGCUGCUUUCGUCCCGGAGGAAAACUCAACAAGGCGCACGAACUGCUCGAGCAGCAAUAUGUCACAUGGGAAAUGGCACGCGCAAGGUGUGCAUCGGGCAUUAGGACUAUUACCGCGUUUCGGGCUUUAAAUUGGGGCUAUGCUACACCGGUUGCCUUCACGGUUAGUUGGUGAUCCAUGGAGUAGUUGAGUUGUGCAAGGAGCUAGGUUCUGUAGUUGUAGUGUGGUCUUAAAGCUGUAAUAUGCAUCUACGGGCGGCGUGGUUCGAGGACAUGGCAGUAGCACAACGUGCACGCUGGCCGUGGUUCAUUGGAAUGCUGGGAGAAUUCAUGCCGUUUCUGAGGAUACUAUACAGAGGGGUUUGCAUGCCAAGAUGUCAUGGAUACUGUCCUCCCAGUCGUUCGGCCUGUGGCUGUCCAGAGCAGACGAAGUCAAUUAUGUGGUAACGCGUCAAAGCACUGCUGUUACUGCCCUUACCCAGGCGCCGGGAUCAGCGUCUGGGUGCCAAUGAAGGCGAUGGAUUAGGCUAACUACGGUACCUGGCUCGAAUAAUACUCGCUGAUGCCCACGCCAGUGCAAAUAUUCACUGCGUGGGUGUAACCGCUGCGCCUGGUGGCUUCAGGGGAGCUUGUGUAGCCGUCACUAGGUC